CAAAAUUAUUUCUUUCUUCUGAAAAUGAGGCAGCCAGUCAGUCAGUGACCGGUGCGGGCAGUGCAGGGACGCUUAGGAGGACACGUUCCUGACAACAAUCCCUGGUAUCGGCCAUGGCGGGCUUAAUGCAUCUGGUGGUGCACAAUUACAAUGAGAUCCUGCAAUCAAAGAAAGACCCAAUGGUGGACUCAUGGUUCCUCAUGAGCAGCCCUAUGCCAGUUCUGUUAAUUCUGGUCUUCUACUUGUACUUCGUUCUGAAGCUAGGACCUCAGCUAAUGGCCACACGGAAGGCGUUCAAUCUCCAAAGGAUCCUUGUCGCAUACAACUUUUAUCAAGUCAUAUUCAGCCUCUGGCUCAGUACUAUGCCUUUCAGGGUUGGUGCUAUGUCCUACAUAUUUAAAAACGGCUGUCAUCCAGUAGAACUUCACAGAAAUCCAUUCUCAAUUGCAAUUUCUAAUGGUGCAUGGUGGUACUUCUUUUCGAAAAUAAUUGAACUAUUAGAUACGGUGUUCUUCGUUCUAAGGAAGAAACAGAAUCAGGUGACGUUUCUGCACGUGUAUCACCACACAAUCACUGCUCUGUUCUCCUGGGGAUACCUCAAAUUUCUGCCAGGUGAACAAGGACUGGUGAUCGGGUUUCUCAACUCAGUGGUGCAUGUGGUGAUGUAUUUCUACUACAUGGUGGCAGCUAUGGGCCCAAAGUACCAGAAAUAUCUGUGGUGGAAGAAGUAUAUGACUUGGAUACAACUGGUGCAGUUCUGCAUCAUGCUCACGUACCUGCUCUGCCUUCUGGCCUACGACUGCAAGUUCCCAAAGGCCUUGACCUUCUUCUUCAUCAGCAACGUAAUCAUCUUCCUCUACCUCUUCUCAGACUUCUAUCGAAAAGCCUACAAGAAGAAAGAAAAGCUAGGAUGAAAAAUUCCGGAAAGGAAUCACACACUCGCAGCCACACAGUGCUCGGCUUUCGAUACUCGAACACCAGGCCCAGGCCCGUGUCUGUAACAUCUCUCCUUUCAUCAUUCUCACCACUUAUAUGGAGUUUCAAUGAUCCUUUUUUUUUUUCAUAAUCAUUUCAGAGAAUGUGAGGACCAUCUGUACUGAUAGAGAAAAGUUUUGGUCUCCUAGAAAUGUCAUCUAGGAUCGUUAAGGACUUUAGCAA